CCGAAGUGUGAGAAACAAGGUGAUUGCAUGAGGAGAGAAAAAAGAUUACUUGUAUGAUCUUUUGUUUUCCAUCGUGAAGCGCUUUUUACCUGCAUUGAAGAGUUUCCUCUGUCUUAGAGAAGGAGAUAAACAAGAAGUUGAGUUGUCUUGGUCUGUAUGAGAAGUGAGGUGCGAGUAAAAGUUGAGUUUAUUCGUUGGUCUAUCAGAGAAGAAGUGCGAACCAAGUGAUAAGCUUUUUUUGAAUUUGAGUGCCUGUUCCACGUAGGUACAGAUUGAUCAUGAUCACAUGUUCAUCUUCUAGAUGAAGCAAUAGCAACUCUCUCCAUGAAGAUCUAUUAUAAUAUCUGAUUACAACAGCAACAGGAGCUAUAAAUAUAAUUGAUCCCUUUCCAUUUUCCCCAUUCACCUCCCCUUUACCCACUGUUUAUCAAGUCCUCUGUAACAAGGUACAACGUUUUAUUCCAUGUUCAAGAUCGGUAGCUUGUCUACAUACGGUACACCUUUUCUAGCUUGUCUACAUCCCUAGCUUGUCUACAAGCACAAGAUACCUCCCUUUCUUCCUGAGAAACUGCUGCCACAUCCAUCUUUUAGCUUUCUUCUAGGUCUAGAGACGAAAGCCAAGAAAGAUGUCCUCCAGUUUGUUAAAAAAGUGUGGCAAGAUCGCGUCCGUCUGGUGCGUGAGCGGUGCCAGUGCUCACAUGCUGGCUACAAAUGCCACGGAUCAAGGGGCAGGCUUCUUGCAGCAAAGCCUUAGUAAGAACAAGAAGCCGACCACUAAGAACAAGAAGCCGACCACUAAGCACAAGAAGACGAAGGACAAGAAGAAGCAGCAGAAGAAGAAGGACGGUGGCUUUUUAUUUCGCGGAGUAUCCCAGGCCGCCAGUAGUGCUGUGGGUGUCAUACGCGAUACCGUAGUCGAUACCGUAGUCGAUGGACGCGAUCGCUGGAACGAUUUUACAAUUGCAGGCUCGUAUGCCGAUGCCGACAAGACGUGCAACACGAAGAUGUCUGAGAGGGAUUGCGACGACGAGAAACGCUCGAACGGCGGGAAGAAGUGCAGAUGGGAGCCAUGCGAUAAGGACAAAACCAACUAUGCUUGCAUCGCAAAUCGAUGCAAAAGUCACAAAUACCCGAAAAGCUACCCAAGAUUACAGCAGUGCCGCCUAUGGGAGCGCGGACCGUGGACCGCCCCAGAAUCACCCCGCAAGUGUGAGGACAUGCGGACACUUCCGACCCCCCAAGACGUGCAAGAUUGUAAGGAUAGUCCAUGCUGCAAGGUAAAGACAGAAGCGGACCGGCGAAUACCAGAGCAGAGAAAUAGCAAAGGACAAGUCACGGUCUGGAGUGAAGUACGCACCGAUCAUUUUUGUGUUCCGGACUUCGGAGCAGGCCGCCGUUAGGUGAGGCAUAUUACGUAUAUAUAGAUAUAAUCCUGCAUGAUCUCCGGGACUCAGUUUUGUUUGAUCGUCAUCAAAUAUAAUGAUUGAUGACAUAAUUUAUUUCUAUUAUGUGAUAUUUUCUUCAGGUGGAUUAGAACAAUCAGUAUCGAAUAUCAAUAAAUGACAUGUGCUGCUAAAGCUAAACCUAAAAGGAGUACUUCAUCUAGGUGAUCAUCAGAUUGAAUCUGAAUAAUACCUAGUGAACAAAAAUCGCUCGGAGUUGGCGCGGCCAGUUAUUCCAUUCAACGAUACCUCAUUGCUCUUAAUGUAGUUGUAAUAGAUACUCUUACUCAGAUUAUCAUAUUAUUUGUUCUAGGUCUCAAGAAAAGGAUGAUACUAAAAUAAAACAACGAACCGUUAUUUAGUUUUUACCUCUGUCACGUAGAUGUAUCCCUUCAAGCAACAUAGUUGGAGGCCUCAAGAAAAGGAUUUCUUCUUUGUGCAGCUGUAGAAGUGUAGGCAGCUCUCAAUCUCAAGAGUAAGCUUUCAUUGAAGAGUAAGGAAGUAUUUGUAUUUGCGACUCUCUUCAUAAUUCAUCUACCGCUUAGUAAACAGAAACAGCUUGUUGUAGAUUGUCAUCUUCGAAUUAAUCAUUUAGUCUUGCAGGAGGAGAACAUGAAUUAGAAUUCCAAGCUUUUUGAUCAUUACUAGGGAAAAUUUCGGGAUAAAAUGUUGAACAAAACAAACCUUCUUCACGUGGACGUGCACGUGAUGUCAGACUCUUGAGUCGUGGUAGAUAUUUUUGGUGUUCGUUGAAACGUC